UUUUUGGUUAUCACAAUAUUUGGAGUAAGAGUCAUUUAAUAAGCGCUAUUAUGAAUAACUAUUAUUUUAUUUAAAAUUGAUUAAGAAGUAUUUAUCAGUUUUCAAAAUUAAUGCGCAGUAACAAUAAAACGAACAGUAGACAAUAAAACGAAAACCGCUAUGUUACAAAGUGUGACUAAGUCGAGAAUAAAACAACACUUUUUAAAUCUAAUUUAGAUUUUAAGUUAUGUCGAGCAUGCUAAGUAUUCGGGCAAUUUAGUUUACAUUAUCUACAAUAAAGACCUUUAACUAAUGUAUUUUAAAAAGCAGUAUUUCAAAAAUAUAUAUUUAUAUGACAUUUGGCUAGAUUCAAUUUAAUCUGUAUUCUACUGCGGUUGUGGCGGUGGUAAUUAAUUGUUAGAUAUACGUUUUAUAUCUUGUGUGAAAUUUUUAUAGUGCAAACCCUUUACAAAUAGCAAUGCAUACAUACCUCUUUAUCGUGUUUCUCAGUGGACAAUUUUCUUUCGGUUCAUUCUUAUAUAUCCGACUGGUGAACAGUGAAGGUUCUGCUGGUUACCACGAAGGAUAUUUGCAAUUUAACUUUCAUCGAGAAUGGAAAUACUUAUGUGACACGUUUUGGGAUUUCAGAAACUCAAAGGUUGUGUGCAGAGAACUUGGUUUUGCAAAAGCAGUUCUUAGAAAUAGAACCAGCUACGAUAAUGUUCAGCAAUCUAAAUUUCAUCAUUUUAUGGUUCAUUGUGAUGGAAACGAAAAAUCGAUAACACAGUGCCCUUUAAAAAAUGUCGAAUCUUAUGUUUUUGAUAAGAAAUGUUAUUAUUCGUCUCAAGUGUUUAUCUACUGUUCAAAGACAAGAGAUAAUGAUGUCACAAUAUCGCUAAAUAAGAAAUAUGAAUUGCGACUUUGGAACAACUCAAGCAAGUCAAAAAAGUUAAGUUUGCAAGGUGAAUUACAAUAUUUUAAUGGUGAUAGUUGGGUGAAUGUUUGUUCUAGUGGAUGGAAUGAUGAAAACUCUUUCGUGGCCUGUUCAACCUUAGGAUUCACAAAGCAUGAAUCGAGCUCAAAAGAUUUAAACCCUUAUAUUGUUUCUGAAGAUCCUUUUUUUAAAUGCACAGGUGAAGAAACAAGUUUAUGGGAUUGUAAAUUUUCUCAUGAGAAAUUAGAAAGUUGUACAAAUCAACAACCAAUCAAAAUCACCUGUAAAAAAAGAGUAGAGUAUUUAAAGAACCAAAUUCGCCUUAGAGGGGGAUAUAGAGCAGGAGAAGGACGAGUAGAAAUUUUUAAUGGUACUACGUGGGGUACAAUAUGUGAUGAUGGAUGGGACUUGAUUGAUGCCAGUGUUGUAUGUAAAGAAUUAGGAUUUGGUUCAGCUGCUGAAGCUAGUCACUGGGCAGAUCAUGGUGAAGGUUUAGGAGCUAUAUUAGCGACUGAUAUCCAAUGCAGUGGAAGUGAACGCUAUUUGCAUCAAUGUAUUCAAUCAAAAAACACUUCUUUAUGUUCCCACAGUGAAGAUGCUGGCGUCAGAUGUAAUGUUCCACACAUUGUUUAUGAGGAUGUACGAUUGAUUGGUGGAAUUAACAAUUUUGAAGGAAGAAUUGAAGUCACUUUUGAUGGAUCUACUUGGGGUGGUAUAUGUGGCAUUGGAUUUUCAGAAAGAGAGGGAAAAGUGUUGUGUCGACAACUUAGUUUAGGAUAUGUGAGUUGGGCAUCCAAAUCAUAUAAAUUUGGUAUAAACUACAAAAAGCUUAUGUACAAUGUUAAAUGUAUGGGAAACGAGAAUUCUAUAAAAGACUGUAGUUAUAAAACAUUUGGUUCAUGUCGAUAUUAUGAUAUGGCAUCUGUUAUUUGUACUAAAUAUGUUCCUGAUCUGGUAAUGGAUAUUUCAACAUUUGAACAAAGCAUAAAAGUUGAAAGCCAUAUUAUGUCUCAGCUAAAAUGUUCUUUUGAAGAGAAAUGUCUUUCGCCUAUUGUUGAUAACUCAUAUUUUUUAAAUAGAAAUAUAAAAAGAAAAUUGCUUAAGUUUACAUCCCGGUUUCUUAAUAAAGGAACAGUUGCUUUUCGACCAAAUGUUCAUAAAGAAAAUUGGAAAUGGCACAAAUGUCAUCAGCACUAUCACUCACAAGAAACAUUUGCUGUGUAUGAUCUUAUAGAUCAAGAUGGGCAUCCUGUUUCUGAAGGUCAUAAAGCAAGUUUUUGCUUAGAAGAUUCUGAUUGUGAACCAGGUUAUAAGCAAGUAUAUAACUGUACUGACAAAAAUGAUCAAGGUGUGUCUGUAAACUGUGCAGACAACUAUAAAAAUACACUUGAUUGUCAAUGGAUUGAUAUAACAGAAGUUUCAGAAGGAAAUUAUUCUCUUAGAGUAUUUGUAAAUCCAUUAGAAUUGGUGACAGAAAGUGACCACUUAAACAACCGUGCUGUUUGUGUAGUUCAUUACUAUAAUAAUGUUGUAGAAGUCAAGGAAUGUAGCACAGAGCCUUGCUAUCAGGAAUCGUUUGGUGGAAAUUCGUUCGGACAUUGCUGUCAUUUUCCAUUUACUUAUAAUGGGCAGCUUCAUUAUAACUGCAUAAGAAAUGACGAUCAUAGAAAUAAGUUAUGGUGUGGAACAACUCCUGAUGUUGAUAAAGAUGGUAAGUGGGGGUACUGCAAACUUCAGUUAUAGCAAAAGAUGAAAAUCACAAACUGUUUAAAACUUAAAUGACUGCAUCAAAAUUAAAAAACUAUAUUUAUAAAGUAAGAAUUGAAUAUAUGAAGUAAAAUAUCGCACAUAUUUGGAAUAAAAAAGAAACGAACACCGGACUGUAAUGAUUUCUAAAUUUUGAUUGUCUCUAUCGUCAGCAAAUUAAAGUUUAGUCGGUUGAUUGUCAUACCGAUAUAAAUCAAACAAUAACCGGAGACAAGCAGUAUUCUGAAUUCUGCUUUGAGUAUAGUUUACAGAAUUGAGAUUUUAAAUGUUUGGGAAAUUUUUAAUUGAAUAAGAGUUUUGAAAUAUAAAAGAAUUUUUAAUAAGAAAACAUAGAAGCAGAUAAUAAUUUUCUGAUCAAAUCAUGUAUCUGUGUGUUGCAUAAUGAAUUUUGCGUCACAAACGCGUAGAGUACGUAUAUUGUAUAGGAUCGCGUAAGUACUCAUCAUGGAGCAAAUGUUUCAACGAACUGUAAUUCGGAAAUUAUUUGUAAAAUGGUGUCAUACUUGCCAAAAAAAUCCUGAAAUUUGUUGUUAUAAGGGUUGAAUUGGACAUUGUAAAAUCGCAAAUAGUUAAACAAAAUAAUUUUUAUUUUUA